AUGGCCAACUCUACAAUGUCCAUUUGCUCCAGUGACCUGAGCUACAACAGCCGGGUCUGCCUGCCCGGUUCCUGUGACUCUUGUACUGACUCCUCCUGGCAGGUGGACGACUGCCCAGAGAGCUGCUGUGAGCCCUGCGGCUGUGCCCCCAGCUGCUGCCAGCCUAGCUGCUGUGUUCCUUGCUGUGCUCCCAGCUGCUGUGCCCCCAGCUGUUGCCAGUCCAGCUGCUGUGCCCCCAGCUGCUGUACCCCAACCCCUUGCCUCCUCUGCACCCCAGUGAGCUGUGUGUCCAGCCCCUGCUGCCAGCAGUCUAGCUGCCAGCCAGCUUGCUGCACCUGCUCCCCCUGCCAGCAGCCCUGCGGUGUGACCCUUUGCUGCAAGCCUGUCUGCUGUGUGCCUGUCUGCUGUGGUGCUUCCUCCUCAUGCUGCCAGCAGUCUAGCUGUGAGCCCUCUUGCUGCACCUCCUCCCCCUGCCAGCAGCCCUGCGGUCCCUCCUGCUGUGUGCCUGUCUGCUGCAGGCCUGUGUGCUGCACACCCAUCUGCUCUGCCUCCUCCUCCUGCUGCUGCCAGCCCUCCUGCUGUGCUCCUGGGUGCUGCAAGCCUGUGUGCUGCAAGCCCUGCUCCAGCCUGUCCCUGCUGUGCCGCCCUGUGUGCAGACCUGCCUGCUGUGUGCCCACCUCCUCCUGCUGUGCCUCCUCCUGCCAGCCCAGCUGCUGUCGCCCAGCCUCCUGUGUGUCCCUGCUGUGCCGCCCUGCCUGCUCCAGACAGGCCUGCUCUGCACAGAAGUCCACCUGCUGA